CGGCACAGUCCGCCAGCCAUGGGGACGGAGCCAGGCGCUCCUCCUGGUCCUAGCUCCAGGAAGAGGAAAGCGCUGGUGCCCGCGGAUAUAGAAGUGGAGGGCCCGGGAGCGCCCCUUCCCGGAAUGGAUGGGGACGGAGGAGGCGAGGGCGCCGGCGGCGACCGCACCACCGACCUCCCCGGCGCCUUCCUCGGGCACAUCGUGUCUCUCAGCCGUCGGCGAUGGAGAUGGAAACGGAGUCGACGGCUGCAGAUUGGCACGGCUCGGAUUCUACGGCGGAGGACCAGGAACCGCCGCUCCCCGGAGAGGACCGCCUCAGCGGCCUCCCCGACGGCGUGCUCGGGGACAUCAUCUCGCUCCUCCCCACCCGGGAAGGCGCCCGCACCCAGGUCCUCGCCUCCCGGUGGCGCCACCUCUGGCGCUCCGCCCCUCUCAACCUCGACUACCAUCCGUUCCUGUUCGGCCAGGAGGGCCUCAAUGCCACCAUAGCGCGCGUUCUCGCCGCCCACCGGGGCCCCGGCCGCCGCUUCUGCGCGCCCGUCUACCACCUCCCCGUCGACCGAGCCGACGCCUGGCUCAGAUCCCCCGCCCUCGACAACCUCCACGAGCUCGAGCUUUGCUGCUACGGGUUUAUGUUACAGUAUCCACCGCAAACACCGCAGCCGCCCCCGGCAGCCGCCUUCCUCUUCUCGGACACCCUUUGUGUUGCCACCAUCGGAGAUUGCCACCUUACUGACAGCACCAUAGAAGGGCUUCACUUCCCUAAGCUUCAGAAGCUCGCACUUAAACAGGUCACCAUCUCCGAAUCCUCGCUGCACACCAUGAUUGCCAGUUGCCCAGCUCUGCAAUGCUUGCUUAUUUACCGCAGCUUCGGCUUUGGUCGCCUCCGAAUCAACUCUAUUAACCUUAGAGGCAUAUGUGUCAAAGCUUAUAGUUAUGGGAGAGGGCUCAAAUUUGGGGAACUCAUUAUUGAGAAUGCCCCUUUUCUUGGUAGCUUGAUCUUAAGUGAUCGCCUACAUGUAUCGUUGAUCUAUGCGCCUAAACUGGAGGCCUUAGGCUUCCUUUCUUCUACUUGUACUAGCGUACUCGUGUUUGACUCGGCAGCUAUUCAGGUAGUUGUGGCCUUCCUACUAGCAUUCUUUCUUACCUGCAUUUCUAUGUGCUAAUGAAGAACAUACUAUCUCCACUUCCGACUAAUUGGAUGGCUUAAUGUUUAUCUUUCAUGCUUGAUGAAGGGGUUGCGUGUUGAUAGCCUGACGACAGCGGUGCGCACUAUCAAGAUUUUAGCUGUUGAUAUGCAUGCUCUUAGUCUCGAUGUUGUUCUUGACUUGAUGAGAUGCUUUCCUUGCUCGGAAAAGCUAUACAUUCAGUCAACUGGACCCGGGAAAAGCAACUGCUGGCGCCGUAAACACCGGGAUCUUAUAAGAUCUCUUGACAUCCGUCUCAAGACAAUUGUUUGGCGACAUUAUCGGGGCAUCAAGUCACAUGUUGACUUCGCCACAUUCUUUAUACUAAACGCUGGAGUGCUGGAAUUGAUGACUUUUGAGGUUAAUUCUGAAGACUACAAUGAGGAGUUCUUUGCACAACACCGUAAGAUGCUUCAGGUGGAUAACAGGGCCUCGAGAGGCGCUCGAUUCCGUUUUACAUCAGAUUGGUCUUAUAACCACAUUAUGGAGUCCAGUGUCCACGAUUUGGAACCGGCUGAUCCCUUUGAAAGGACGUGCCCUUCUAAAGAAAAUACCAAUUUUGUGCUUUGUGCUGGCUGCUAGUAGUUCUCAUGCUUGUAGUUUGUAUUAUUUUGGAACCUUACGGCAGUUAAACAUGCUAUUCAUGAUGUCAGUUUGUUGAAACCGACUUUUGCUGAUGUGCACUUAUUUGGUGAUGACAAAGUACAGAUCUGUGUGUCCUCUGAACAUCAAUGUGAUGUUUG